AUAUUAUUUAUGUAAACAAUAACCAUGUAAUUAUUGGCAAAGAUAAGCACAAAUUAUGUUAGCUUACUUGUUAACACCUUUUUACAACAUUUACCACUUUUCAAAUAUUUGAACACUACCGGUAAUUAUUUUGAUGUCUUCCUUUUAACACCUCAUUGCUACCUUGCUAACAUUUGAAUUGUGAUACCCGCCAUCUAUUGGCCAUUUCACCAAACCAUAUAUGGUAAGGUUUUAUGCUUUCGUCGACUUUCGUCGAGUGCGAUCGAGUUCGUGUCUUAACUCUUUCGUUACAAGAGCAUCACUUUUUUUUCAACAGCACCAAAAAGUAGGCAACACAAUAUGCCAUUUGUCAAAGUGCAGGAGAAAAAGAAAAGUUUCGGCCAAAUUGGGUGACGACAGUGAAUCUGCCCCAAAGACAUGAAAAAAACCGAAAAUGCAUAUGUUUACGGUCUACUAAGUCGAAAGCAAAGACAGAGAAGAAUGGCAAAUGCCAACGGCAGUCACGCACGAGCUCAAUAGCUUAGAACGAGGUAAAAAGUGGGAAUAUAAUUGCAAACGAAACUGCAUUUCGGGGGCUUUCGCAGCGAAAUCACGAAAGCGCAGCUCCACUGGCCAACAGCAUCUGGCUAAUUGCCGUGAUAUUUAGACUAAGACAAAGCGUGUGUUUUUGUGUUUUUCAAUUUCAGGCAGCCGGCCGACAUGCGAUUUAGCCGCCACAGGUAUAAAAUGCAUAAGAUCCACCGGCCAGCACUCAGUUGAGCACCCAAACAGCAGCGCCCGGCGUCUUCACUCCAGUUUAUGCCUCACCCCAAGGAUCGGCCAAGGAUCCUCUUCUCGUCCAGCAUCGAAUAGCAAUAUCCAGCCCAGUCAUGAUCAAGUACGUGUGGCAUGUGGCGGCCCUGAUGAUCGUCUUCUGUUGGCUCUCGAGUGCCCGCAGUGCCAGCUACCAGCAUCAGAGCCUAAACAGCCUGAGUUCGGGUCCAAAGCCGCAGACUAGCAACCCCGGAAUGGGUUCCACGGGCUUCUGGAAGGACAUGUCUAUGAUUUAUCGCAUCUACCAGCAGUGCACUGGUGACAACAUGUCCGUUUGCCUCAAGGUCAAGCUGCUAACCGGUUUGGAAAAGGCCUUCCGUUCGGCCAAGACUUUGCCGCUGUUGGAGGGCAUUCAGUUCGUCAGUUCCGGUGACGUGAGUGAGGAGCCGAAAAGAGCUCCCAUCAGCGAGCAAGACAUCGAAGCCGUCUUGCCGAGGAGCGUGGACGCCAAGGAGCAGGUGCUGAACAACAUGAUCCUGAAGCGGGUGGGCAACUUCCUACAGGAUCACACUCUGCAGGUGAAAUUUGACUCCGAGGCAAAUUCGGUAGAGGGUCGCAAGAAGAAGGAGAAGAAGGGCAGCGGCGCCAUGAUCAUGAUCCCCCUGCUGCUGGGCGGCACCAUUGUGCCCCUGGCCUACGGAGCUCUGGCCAUGUUGGCCGGAAAGGCGCUGAUUGUGUCCAAGCUGGCCCUGGUCCUGGCCUCGAUCAUCGGCAUCAAGAAGCUGCUGAGUGGAGGCGGCGGCGGAAAGGAGUCCUCCCACGAGGUGGUCGUCUCCUCGGGCGGCCAUUCCGGCUGGGGUCGGGAACUGGACACCGCCUACAGUGGCUGGAAGCCGGCGCCCAAGGAGUCGGCGGGCAGCGCCAAGAGCCUGUGAGCUCGCAUUUGCAUUUGGGAAACGGAGGAGCUGGAGAGGAUGGGAGAUUCGAGAAAUACAUGUGGAGAGUGAACCAAAGAAUCGAGCGCCGCACGAACUGUCUGACUAAUGUCUAGUUUAAUUCGCCUAAUCGAUCAUUAAUUUAACGAACUAAAUGUGUGUGUUAGGUUUAAGUAAGCGUUAAUUAAAUAUAGUAAAUUCUGCUACCCGAAAAUCACAACAAGAGAAUUUGUUUAAUGUGUCAUGGCCGCUCCCUGAACAUGAA